GGCUACAAAAGGUGCACAGUCGCUUCCGUUCGUGCAACUACAAUACAACUAAGCUGUCGAUAUGCUCGGUCUGCUCUUCGUCUCCUGUUUUCUGGCUGCCGCCUCAAAUGCACAGCAAUCAAUUCAAUUUGAGCAUUGUGGAGGAAGCAAGAUUUUGUCGGCUGUGGUGACGCCCUGCGACAGCGAUCCAUGCGUUGUUCCAGUAGGCACCGACCUCCGGGUGGAUUUCCAGGUCCUAUCGAAUCAGGACAGUGAGACGGUGACGUUUGAUCCUCGAGUUGUCGUAUUUGGCCUGAAACUCCCUAUUCCUGGCUUGGAGACGGAUGCCUGCAAAUCCGGAGCCGUGUCUUGCCCAAUACGGAAGGGUGAAGUCAUCAAAGGUACCAUUCGUGCUCCGGUCUUGAGCUUCUUGCCAUCGAUGACGGUAACAACAAUGUGGAAGGUAUUGGGAUCUCAAGGACUGAUCACCUGUGGUUCAACGAAGGUCACUGUUACAAGGGGAUAACGGUCGCUUCGACAGCAUACUGCACGCUUGUUGGAGAAAACAUCCAGUCUCAAUCACACACAUUUCGAACAAUAUAUUAAGAUUUUAUGAUCAUUAUCACGAACGAUGUCAUUAGUCUUCAAUGCAGCUCAGAAUAGGAAGCUUGACGUAUCAGAAAAUAGCCCGUCCCACCAUGUUCACCCAGAGGAUAGUGAAAAAUAUGACUGCUGUCUUGAAGGUGACUCCAGUUGCAAGCUGCAAAAGCAAAAUGAAUAAACAAACGUUGCCUUGCUUUCUCUA